ACUGUACUGUUUAGCAUGCCAGUCUCUUUGUUAGGGGAGACCAGUUUUCUAUGUUUAGAUGCAUUAAUGUUUUAUUCUUUACAUUAUACUCACACAGGCAGCCAUGACGCUAUGAGUUACUGCCUGGAUAUAAACUCCCCUCUGCUCAGGUCUGAGUCAGACUACUUCCGGCUCCUGGAUGGACUCUUUUACUGCAUCACAAGGCCUUUAAUUUUAAAAUGGGCCACCACACAGAACAAAACCAUUGAGGAGCAGCUUUCCAUGGGUAUCCGAUACUUUGACCUCAGAGUUGCUCACAAACCCAACGACCCAUCCAGCGAUCUCUACUUCACACAUGUCAUAUACACACAUCUGACUGUUUUGGAAACUCUGGUAUCUGUUCUCAACUGGCUGAAUUCUCACCCAAAGGAGAUUGUGAUCUUGGUUUGCAGUCAUUUGGAGGGAAUGGAUGACAAAUGUCACGAAUCGUUCAUUUUCUGCUUGAAGAGGUUGUUUGGUUCAAAGCUGUGUCCCCGGAAGGAACCAAACCUGAGCCUCAGGAGUCUGUGGGCGUCUGGUCACCAGGUCAUUCUAUCCUACGACUCACAAAUCACAGCCAGACAUCCAGAGCUGUGGCCAGCCAUCCCCUACUGGUGGGCCAACAAGUCAACAGCACAGGAUGUUAUCAGCUACCUGGACUGGCACAAAGACUUGGGACGUCCAGAGGGGUUCUUCAUCGCCGGUCUGAAUCUCACAGCUGACAGAAGUUACAUCGCCAAGAACCCAAAGGAGUCCCUGCAAAUGAUGACCUACAAAAACUGGGAGUGUUUGAGGAAAUGGGUGGAGCAGCAGAUACCUGGAUCAGACCCCAAGAGCUUCAACAUUAUAGCAGGAGACUUUGUAGGGUCACUUCCGCUCUGCUCUGUGGUGAUCCCACUCAACCACAGACUGUUGCAGAGGAGCUCCGGCCAGAUGAAAAAACUAUUUAAGUUUAUAAAAACUGAUUCUAAUUAGCGCACACACACACACACACACACACACACACACACACACACACACACACACACACACACACACA